UUGUCCCCGGGACCGCAGGAGAAGCUCAGAUAAAAGUGCAAACUUUGACCAUGGACUUGGGGCUCAACCUGGACACCAUCAGACCAGUUUUGGGGAAAUACCGUUCCUUUGUGGGGCGCUGCUGCCAAAAAUGCACCUCGAAGAGCUGGGGAUGUUUCUUUCACAAGCGCCUAGCUUCCAUGGGCUUUUGCAAUGCGAUCAGCAUAACGGAAGAAAACACCAGGUACAGAGGCUGGCUUGUAAGGAGGCUGUGUCAUUUCCUGACUGUGUGUGAAUGGAGGGUUUCUGCUGAAAUGCCACCCAAUCUCCAGGAAAGGCUCCUUCGCACCCCAAGCCCCAGCAUUCUGGAUUGUGAGAAAGUAGAAUGUUGGCCUACGAGCUUUCAAGAUGUGCCCCUGACCAGCGUAGAAGAACAGGUUUUGCUGGACAAUUUGAGCCUCCACACUUUGAGUGCAGGUGUAUCGUGUUCGGCCAUCAUGGCAGUCCACAUCCUCUCUGCACUCCUGCUACACAUGCACCAAGAGGGAGUUUUUCUUUCUCGGCUGAUGCAAGACUUCGUCUGGAUCACCGACGAAGUCUUGAUGCGUAACUAUGAUGUGGGUUUUUCUGGCCGGGUCCGUGACGUGCUGUGGCAUGGCCUCUCCCUGCUGCGGGAUUGUGUGACCCUCUACAGCCUCUCAUUGGGAGACAUCUUGGUGGUGCCCAAGAAGACCGAGGCGGCCAUCAGGGAGCUGGGCCACCACAGCACGGCCCUCUUGCCUGUCUUCAUCCAGGAAGCUAUCGGAGCUUGUUCCAUCAAUGCUCUUCUGAUGGAGGUGCUGCCGUAUUUGGGAAGCCCUGAGCAGCUCGGGAAUUUCGUCCUGGCCCACGAAGAACUUCAUAACAAGUCUGUCCUGCUAGUUCAGCUGUUGCCCAAAGAUUUCCUUCUACGCCAGCCUUGCGAGUCUGUGCACUACUAUUGUCAGCAUACUGUGGACAAGCUGGUGGAGUCUGGACUGCUAGUGGCCGAGGAGGUGCCCAGCGAUUGCUUCAUGUGUGACACGGUCCAGAAAGGCUUCACCGAGAAGUUUCUAUGGAAGGCAACGGAAGAUUUUGUCGACAUUGAUGGCCAGGACGAGGCUGAGAAGCAAUGCUUCAAAGUGUUCAAGGAAGCGACAGAAGACAACGGACCUCUCCUUCAUCUGUCUGACCCUUUCACUGCGCGAGAAAACCAAACGAAGCUGGAGAAAUUCAUUCAUCAGUUUAUCUACUAGAUCCUUUUGGCAGGAUCUUCCUUGAACAGGCAGGCGGCUUCCGAAACCUGCCCAAGAGAGGCAGAUUCUCCCUCACCUGUCUGUUUGGGCUUUUGUUCUUGUUUUGUGGUUCUACUUUUGAAAAUGUUGUUUUCCGGGAAGGGGGAAUUUUGAGCAAGGCAACAAGGGCCAGUUAGGUGAAUAAAACCAAUUAACCCUGGAGCGUGAUGAGCAAGUAGUGCGGUUUGUAGCAUAUUUGUAUUAAAGACCAUUUAACCAAAAAAUUCCAUUUAUGAAACAAGAAACAAUCAGCAGGAAGUGUUUUUUUUUUCUU